AAAGUGAUAUGGUGGAGUAAUUUAAACCAAAGUCAGAGUCGAGGUGUCGGGACAGUGUGACAACAAUGGCCGACGGGGAGACACUUGCUCCACAUAACAAACAUUUUCCAGACCAGUUGGGAUGUAAACAUUACAAGCGGAAAUGUAAAUUAGUGAGUCCCUGCUGUAGCACCAAUUACAUAUGCCGGUUCUGUCAUAAUGCCAAUGAAAAUCACCCACUGGAGCGAGACAACAUAUCGGAGGUAGAAUGCAUGUUAUGCCAGACGAAGCAACCGUUGAGCCAGACGUGCAGUAAUGAAAAUUGUGGUGUAAUGUUUGGGAAUUACUUUUGUCGGCUGUGUAAACUUUACGAUGACGAGGACAAAGAUCAGUACCAUUGUGAUGGUUGUGGUUUGUGUCGCGUGGGCGGCCGAGACAAGUAUUUCCACUGUGACACCUGUGAACUGUGUCUCCCCAGGGAUAUCAAGAAUAGUCAUAAGUGUAUUGAAAAAAUGAGCAAAACCAACUGCCCGGUUUGCCUAGAAGAUAUCCACACAUCAAGGAUUGUGUCACAUGUUCCUCCUUGUGGACAUCUCAUACAUCGACCAUGCUUUCACGAUCUCAUUAAAGCAGGAUUCUACGCUUGUCCGACAUGCGGCACAUCCAUGAUUAAAAUGAAAGAGCUUUGGAAGUCACUGGACGAGGAGAUUGAGGAAACUCCAAUGCCAAGCGAAUAUGCUGAUCUCUACUGCAAUGUUCUCUGUCGGGAUUGCCACAAGGAGUCCUUGACGUCAUUCCACGUAUUGGGCCACAAAUGCUUGGAGUGUGGGUCAUACAAUACUGUGAGAAGUAAGGGUGGUCUUUUCCGCAAGCAAGUGUCUAAACCCGAGCGGAGUGAGGAUCCAAGGAGCCCAGGCUCCAGUGCAAUGGGAGCAGAAGGAUUCAGCGAUGAAAGUGACAAGGCUGAACACUAAGCAAUGCAUUCCAUCUUGCGGAUUUUGCUAAGUCCACAACUUGGACGGGAAACUUUAGAAUAGGUUUCAUUGUGUCCUGGACCAGUGUUUAGUUGCGACUUAGACCAUGUUUUAGUCCAUCUUCGACCAUUACUAAUGUUUCCUCUCUAAAGUGUUGGUUAAUAGUAAAUUAUUUUAGCCGCUGUACUAUGACUUCUACACUAAAUGGUUAUCACGAAUAUAGGGGCCAUUUUUCCCAGCCUUUUGUAAGUAAGGAGAAAAUGGCAGUUUACUUGCAACUUAAACAGCCGUAUAAAAAGCGAUCGUUAAUGAUGGUUAAGUCAUCUAAUGUAACAUUAAAUGUAGUUUUUAAUUUGUACUCCAAAUGUAGUUGUAUGUACAUGUACGUGAUUUCUAAAUGACCGAACAUGUCACUAAACGUGUCAUAAUGUUGACUUUUUUAUGGUGGUAAUUAGCCGAUUUUUUUAAGACAAAUUAUUUUUAAUUAAGUUCCUGCUUGUUAUGAAUUCUAGAUACUGUACCUCUAUAGGCUUUUUGACCUGUUAAAAAUAGGACACGUCCACUGGCCUAUAUGAACUACAUAUCUUGCAUGAAAAUAAUGUGUGACUGAAGGUUUUAAUCGCUCUAUUUGUUUUCGAAAAGUUAGAUAUAAUUUUUUUUUAUUUUUUUUAUAGACUUGAAUGUGUUAGAAUUUUUAGAACGGAUGCAUGAUAAACUUUUAGGAACACUGUAUGAUAAUUGAGGCACUAGAAAUAUGCCGUAAGUUUUAACACUCGUGUAAGAUAUUCUUUGUAAGGUACAGGACAUUCUUGUUCAAAGAAUUGCUGAUGCAGUACUUGUGUUCUUGUCGGAGAAAUAUAUAUAUUGUAUCCAAUACAUUGUGUACAUUGAGCUGAAUAUAUACAUAGCUGAUUUUUACCAUUGCAAGAUUUAUAUACCUGGUACUACUGUAUUGUAAACUAAUUGUAAACUGUACUUAUUACAUAAAAAUGUUAUAUUACAGUACAAUAAACAAAAAUUGUAUACACAGUACUAGUGUAUGACGUAUUUUGAGUACUGUACGUGUCAUUCGUCAAUAUUUAUGGCACUAUUGUAUACACGUGCAAUGAAAUUAUAGAUAAUUAGUGUGGAAGCUCUCCAAGAAUUUUUUCUUUAUUCUCUGGUCACAUUGACUGAAGGAGUACAUUAAAGGGUUCGUGGGCAGCUUUUUAUAAUGCUUAUUAAUUUUAAAGGUUUUUGCACAUUUCAAUUUUUGUCAUUUUUUUUUUUUUUUCCAAAAUGUAUGUAGAUUUAGCCAUGCUGCAUAGCAAGAACUUUCACAACAAAUACAAAUAAAGAAAAUAUAUUACAAAUCUUUCAGGAAAUUUUGUAUAUAACUAUCGAGUUAAAAAUCACCGAACCAAGUUGAUUUUUCAAUUGGUGUGUAUAUAUGAAAAUCCAGCUAAUAGCAAUGGUUCAUAGCUAAUGGAGGUGCAAACAUUUUUAUAGUGUGUGUAUUUUGAGGUAGUCUCAGAUUUUUGACAGUGUAACUGCUAGUAUUUUCAAGAAAAAAUACAUUUUACAUAAAUCCUGGCAUGAAAUGCUUUGAAUUCAUUUUUUUUUUUUAUAUAUAUAAUCAGGGUACCUGAUUUAAUAAGUCAGAUUGGUGUUCAUUGUGAUAAUAUGCUUGUAAAGUUCUGUACUUACAAUAGAGGGUUCUUUGAUGGGAUGUUUUGAUGAUAAUGACCCCAUUCCCUGGUGUUGUAUGGCUCUGGGUGUGACACUUCCCAUGAAUAUCCAGUUCCCUGGUGUUGUAUGGUUCUGGGUGUGACACUUCCCAUGAAUAUCCAGUUCCCUGGUGUUGUAUGGCUCUGGGUGUGACACUUCCCAUGAAUAUC